GUCCCGAGCCAAUUUACAGUUUGCCAUUGAACUUGGUCGGGUGUUCGCCAAAAACUCGAAGAACGAACGCGUCGCAGAUUUCACGGUAUCUGUUAUUCACAAACUACACUACUGCUAUGCUGCUCCUUCCGCUGUGCUUCAUGGUCCUGCUCGCUGGCUUGACCAGCGGUGCCUCCAAUUUUCCUCCUGAACUGCCUCGCUGCCACAAGGGGGACACCAGCUGCAUCAUCAACGUCUCCCACAUGCUUAUCAGCAAGUACGCCAGGACUGGUUACCCGGCAGCAGGAUUCCCCCAGGUGGAACCUUUCCUGGUCAAGCGAUUCGACAUAUCCGAUGGACGCACCGGCUCGCUCAAUCUCAAGUUGAACUUUAAGGAUGUGAACGUGGAAGGUCUGUCAGGAGUGAAGUUCGACAGAGCUGUGGGCUUUGGAGCUGAUCCUGCCACCAGCAAGUUUGAAAUGUACGGCUCGUUCCCGAAAAUUGUUCUUCGCGGCAAGUACGUUGCCGAUGGGCGGAUCCUGAUCCUGCCCAUUCGUGGUGAUGGCGAUGCAGAGAUUGUCCUGCACAACCCAAAGUUCUCCGUGAAGUUUAAGCCAGGAACGCAGCAGCGCAACGGUCGCACCUUCCUGAGCGUGGACAAGCUCAAGGUGCUGGUGGAACCCCAAAAGAUGAACAUUAAGUUGGCAAACCUCUUCAAUGGCGACCAAGCCCUGGGCACCAAUCUCAACCAGUUCCUCAACGACAACUGGGUGGAUGUCUGGAGCGAGCUGCAUCCCUCCAUCCACGUGGCCAUUGCCGAAAUCAUGAAGAGUGUGCUGACGCAGCUCUUCAAGCGCUUCGCCUACGAGGAUCUCUUCCUGGAGGACUAAUCGCUGUAUCGAUAAGCCAUACUUUUAAGUGUACGAGUAUUUCCCCACCCACAUUCAAUCCAACGCUACGAAGAGCGUUGCAUUCCGGCCAUUGACAUAUCAUUCCUUAUUCGAUAAGCAUUAAACAAGUAGAAUAAACAAACAUGAUUCGAACAGAA